UUUAAUUUAAGAAUUCUGAAUUAAAAUAUACAAAAAAUGCUAAAAGUUGUACUUUUGGCUAAGUAGCCUGGCCUUUAUUUAAUACUCAUCCAUGUACCUUGGAUAUGAAUCUCUUGAAGUCAGGAACUUUGAUGAAUGACUGGACAAAUAUAUCAGACAAAUGGAAUAUGAUUGCUAGUUUCAUACUCAUUGGUUCAUAGAUAAUUACCUUUGCUUGUACGCACAUCAACUGGCAUAUAAAUGGCAAGCAAACUUGUACAAUAUGUAGUAGUGCGAGGUGAUUUGCUACGUUCUAUGAGCUGGCCGACUGGUGCUGUUAUUGCACAAGCAUGUCAUGCUUGUAGCGCUGUUAUCUGGCUAUUCAAAGAUGACCCAAAUACCAUAGAGUAUGCAAAAGAUAUUGACCAUAUGCACAAAGUUGUGCUUGAGGCAAAAGAUGAGGAACAGCUGAACAAUAUUUCAAUGGCAUUAACAGCUGAUAAUAUCGACCAUAAGUUAUGGAUAGAACAGCCAGAAAACUAUGUCACAUGCCUGGCAACGAAACCCUACACGAAAGACCAAAUACAAAAAUACUUCAAGAAAUUGAAGCUUUUUAAAUAAAGAUUUUUGCAUUGUG